AUGGCCAUUAUCAUGUUAAACAUCUACGCGAUGUGCAUGGUCAAUCUCGCCAAUCAUAUGCGACCAAUGGUCAAAAUUAUGUUAUUUCGCGCCGUUUCGGGUAUUGUGGAGAUAUGUGUCUCGUGUUUCAUAUGCGGAUUAGUGGCUCAAAAGUGUGCAAAAUUAUCAGAUAUUUUAUGUGCGAAAAAGACGUGCCAUAUGUCGGACACGGAGUACAGGGAAUGGCAUACGUUAGUGACAGUUGUACGCAAUCGGCGCUGCGUUGGGUUUAGUAUUGGAGGUUUUGCAGCGUUUGAUAAACGCACAUUUAUUUCGAUAAUUACCUUUAUGCUCAAUUACACUACCUCCCUAAUGAUCAUAACUGUUUUGAUGUGA